AUGGGAAGCGCAUACGAGCCCCCGACCAAGACAGCGUGCCGACUGGAGGUGGUGGGCAUGGUGUCGUCGAUCCGCUACGACUGCGCCACGUCGUCGUGCCUUGUCACCACGAUUCUCAACGGGUCGCACGUCUUCAACCUCGACGAAAGCUUCUACGGUGCCAACCUCGCCGCAGGGCUGUCGGCCAGCAACGUGGAGAGCUACCCCUAUCAUACAAUUGGCGAGGAACCGCUGAUGUCUUCAUGCUUCUUCAAUGCAGGCCAACUCUUCGCCGUAGGUUCGUCUUGUGGGAACGUGACUGUCGUGUCGCGCCGCUCGCGUGCGUUGACGUCGUGCUACGCAACCCCUGACUCGUUUCCGAUUCGUUCUCUCUCUGAAAUACCAGCCCAGCCAAACUGCCUGCUGACGUGCACCGAGCAAGGGGCCGCAAUCGUUGAUGUGGAGCGUUCGCAGCUGCGCAUGAGUUUGGCGAACCCCGCCGCUGGGCGUGCCGUCGCUGCGGCGCCACUGCAGCUGCACACCUUUGUCGUGGCCAACUACGACGGCAAGGUGUUGCUCUACGACACGCGUUAUCGAAGCUCUCCCAGCUCGGUGCUCUCGCUACCAGAUCAGAUCACCUGCCUCGCGGUCUCAUGCGACACAUCAGAAGUCUGUGUCGGCACUGUUGGGGGUCGAGUCUUCACACUGCGCUGCACCGAGGGCCCGCAGCGGGAGCAGGCGUUUGGCAUGAGCAACAGACGUUCACCAGUGCGUUGUGCUGCGAUGGACAGCGGCCGCAUCGCUGCAGGGGACUUGGCGGGUCGCCUUGCCCUGAUCGAUACAGCAGACGUGCCGGAUCCAACGGUGUACUGGUCUGCGGAGACGCUACUACGGCUGCCGAGGCCGAGCGGCUGUGCAGGCACGCUCGAUGCGCCCGCCGACACUGCCGCGGCCUCGGCGGCGUUUUCGGGUACAGAGGUAACGGCGGUGGCAUUGGCGCAGGGGACGGCUUGGAUGUCGUUUUGCUCUCCAAAGAAUGCGACGUCGCAGGUGGUAGCCAUACCUGCGUGA